AUGUCUUCUCCGAGCCCAGGGAAAAAGCGUAUGGAUACAGAUGUAGUUAAAUUGUACGAAGAGUUCUAUUCUGUGGCUUUAUGAUACACCUUUGUCGCAAGAACUUACGUUGUGGGUUUUUCUCUAAUCUAGGAUCGAAAGUAAGUACGAAGUCACCGUACUCGGCGGCCUCAACGAAUUAAUGGUGAAGUUUAAUGGCCCACCAGAAAGUAACAUAGAUUUGCUGACCAAUGUCUUCUAGCGCCCUACGAGGGUGGAAUCUGGAAGGUGCGGGUCGAGUUGCCGGAGCGAUACCCGUUUAAAUCGCCAUCUAUAGGGUUCAUGAAUAAAAUUUUCCAUCCAAAUAUUGACGAAGCGUAGGUUAUCACGGACUAGCUCUUGUUUCACCUUCGGCCAUGUAAUCAACAAAUAUCCUCUUGUAGAUCCGGGACCGUGUGUCUAGACGUCAUUAAUCAACAGUGGUCGGCCCUUUAUGGUAGUUUCUUCACUCAUCACAACUUUUUCUAGAUCUUACCAAUAUCUUUGAGUCAUUCUUGCCUCAACUUCUUGCGUAUCCAAAUCCGACUGACCCCUUGAAUAGUGAUGCUGCGUCGCUUUUCAUGUUCAAGCCAUCGGACUAUGUUUCCAAAGUAAAGGGUAAGUUAGCAACCUAGUGUUGUUUUGCGACUAUUUUCCGACCGAAUUUCGUGAUUGCUACUCACCGACUCCAGCGCUUAUUGUUCGCUGUCUUCUCUUCUCCAGGUAUGAGUUGAUUAGUCAUGUCAUACAUGUAGUAGUUCACAUUAUUAUCUGAUCAACGCAAGGCCCUAGUAUCAUCAGAAGUGCUGGUGCCCGUAAUUUCACGUCAGCAUUUUUCACACCGUACUUAGACGCAGCUCUCGUCUGACCGCCUGGAUAAGUUAUUCGUGUUUUCCCUUCGUCCAUGAUUAGUUCGCGUGCCUUUGUUCUUCAUAAGCAGUCACGCAUUCAUUUCGAAAACCGCAUGGGUCUUUGUCCCACCCAAAACCCUAUAGCAUCCAGCGUUGUGGGUGCACCUUAAUCACACAAACUAAUGCCAGGUCGAAGUCAUCAGGUGGUGAACCUCAGAAGGAGAAGCUUAUUCCUCACAGGAACCCGAAAUACUGCCUCAGGCCAGCGUAACCCACGGGGGGAUGAAAUCAAAGGCUUUAUCCUGUUGCGUGUUCACUGCAUCACCUAAGAGCAGGACGGUUGUGUUUACCCUUUAGCCUGCUCGCGUUUGCGCCGAUCUCAUGUGAGGCGACCAGUCGAGCCGCCAGGUCAGCGUCUCUAGAAUGUUCUCGAUGUAGUAUGGGUGAAAUUUACGUGAUGCAACCAAUGUCUAUGCCAACAGUCAGCAUCAGGUCCUUUAAAAUACUCGGCUCAUACAUUCAUUGCCUUUCUAACGCCCAGGUUCCUACUGACGCGUCCAUUAGGUGCGUUUUCAUUGAAAGUUUUUUGAGUAGGCCAUAGCCCUCCGAACAGCAGUGUGCCAAGCCUACCCCCUGUCCCCAUUUUACCAACAGGCAAUAUGGUUUGGUUUGUUCUGAUCCCCUUUCCCCCUUAGCGAUAUUAAUUUCUUAUUCCUGCCUGACUUGUUCCUAUAAGUCCAACACGAAGAUUUCAACCAUUUUACAAUUACUUAAUUAAGUUUUUGUCUCCUCCGCAGAAUACGUUCAGAGGUUUGCUACUGAAGAAGCUCUUAAGGCGGAGGAGGGCUGUGCGGAGUCGAGCUCGGAUGACGAAAGCUCAAUGUCGGAUUAUACUGAUGAUGCAGCUCAGGAUAUGGAGCUCUAG